CGCUCAAAAUGGCUGCGCCCACGUUUUCCACGAUUUUGUUUUUUUCUGUAGGUUAAAGACUGAUUAUUCCAAUAACAACAAGAAAAUUCACGUUUUGAAAUGCCUGAAUACAGCCAGUGAUGUGCUCAGCCAGAUGAUCAAGCCUCAUAUCCAGCAAGGAUGGGGAUACAUGGCCUCUCCUCCUUCAUUCAAGAUAACCCCCAUCUUCUCCAGGAACACAAACUCCAUGACACAAAGAUUAUCAUAGACGGAAACAACUUGUAUCAUUUCCUUCACUACAAUUAUCGAAUUCCUUAUCACUGUGGUGGAGAUUAUGAUACUUUUGCAAAGAAUAUACGGGACUUCUUUAACACUUUGCGGACCUGUAAUAUUUCUCCUGUUGUUGUGUUCGAUGGAGGGUAUGAGAGUGAUGAUAGAAAACUACGUACCACCCUGAGGAGAUCCCAGGAGCGAAUUCAUCUUGCAGGCUUCAUCUCCCAAGGCAUGCGAGGGAAAAUACUUCCUAUUCUGGCCUAUGAAGUGUUCCGUGAUGUCCUUGUUGAGCUGGACAUCUCCCACGUGACAUGUGACUUUGAGGCAGAUGACCAGAUAGCUGCUUUAGCCAAUGAGUGGAACUACCCAGUGGUCAGCAAUGACAGUGACUUUUAUGUAUUUGAUGUCCACGGUGGCUACAUACCAUUUGACCAUAUAGAUCUCAAUGUACAAGUGUAUAAUGAACCUGAUGUUGAUUCUGAUGGAGGGCAUGGGAUGCUGGGAGGCUGUGUGGAUGCUAGCAGAGAAGAAAAAGAAUGUAAAUAUCUUCGAGCCCGUAUUUACAGGGUUCACAACUUCUUGCAACAUUUCAGUUGUACACAUACAGUAGCGUUGCCAGUAUUGGCAGCUUUGUUAGGGAAUGACUUUGUUGACAACAGGGUGUUUGAAACGUUCUUUGCUCAGGUGCCUCUUCCAAAAGGGUCCAAGCAUGACUUUUUCACCAAUAAGAGGCAUAGCAAAAUCAUUGGACUUAUGUUGUGGAUGAAGAACUUCAGUACUGUGGAACGCAUUACAAACCAACUGCUCCCUCAUAUUCAGAAGGAUAAAAGAGACAAAGUUACUGAGAUUAUAAAAAAAUCUGUGGAAAAUUACACUAAUCCCACAACAAAACUGGCAGAUUUUUUCAGCAGUCCUGUUGAAAAAGAGUUGGGACAUCUACUGACUUAUGAUCAGUGUAUUUUACCAGCUUGGUUUGCUGAACAGUUUAGAUCCAGCAGGGUUCCCAAGUUAAUGCUGAAUGCUGUUUCUCUUCAUCGCAUUUUUUUAUUGGCUCAGGUUGAGGACAUGAAGCAAUCAAGCUCUUAUACAUGUUCUAGAAAACUCAGGCAAAUUAUAUAUGGUUUAUUACUAACUCAUGAUAAGAACUGCAACAAAGAAAUAAAUGAAAGCACCCAGACAAACGAUAUCAAUAAAGGGGCAAGUAAAGAAGUUAGUAUUACAAAAUCAACAGAGGAUGUAAUGACCAAUGUGAAGUUAGUAAAGGAUUCAUCAGACAAUGACAAAGAUAUAUCAAGUGUUGCAUAUAUUGUUGAGUAUGACAGAGAAUACAAGUCACAGAGAAAGAUCCCAGUUGAGCCAAUGUUUGAAAUACCACAAUAUGGACCUCUCCCAUCACUGAGUUCCAUUCCAGCACUGAGCUGUCAAGAAAGAAGGGACCUACUGGUCAGCUCCUUACAGCAGACUGGAAUAGAGAGGUUGGACGAGGUGGCAGAAAUGUUUCAGCUGGUCCUAAGGGCCAUGGUUUUCUGGAUUAUGAAUGCACACCCCAGACUGACCCAGCUCCAUGUCAGUGUGCUACUUGUGACUCUUAUUAAACUAGCUGUAAUAGAUCCAGCCUGCAUCAAAGCAGGUCUCAAAGAACUUCCCCAAAUCAAACAACCAAAAGGCAAGGGGAAGAGAGUUGCCCAGUCAAAGGUCCAGAAGAGUGCGGCAAGUCCCCCACUGUCCACUGAUGCCUGUGUGUAUGUUGACAGCCUGGAGACGGACAUCAAGCUGACCACUCUAAGAACAGCCCAAGAAAGAUUGCAUAAGUUCAUGGCAGCCCCUCAGCACAGUACGGCUCACCCCUUUAGUUCAACAGUUAUUCAUGGUUUUGCUCAGUAUCAAACCUGUCUCCAAGCUGUGACAUACUUGAACCAGUUACUGCUAGAGCCCUUUCAUAAGGUCCACCCAGCAUUGAUUUUCAAUGGGACAUUUGCAUACAAUUUCUAUCAAGAACUCAAAGUCAGACCCAAUCCAAAUUUGUUUAUUAGUGAGACUUUAGGAAGGGCUGGUCCCAUAUCGGAGUUUUAUUUUGAACUUUCUGAAAAAGUUCUAUCUUCUUUGCCCACUGUUGGUUGUUUUCAGCACGUGUCACAGAUGAGUGCCAAGAAAAGUAAAAAGAAAACACCUAAGAAAAAAGCUGGAGAAGAGAAAAUGUUAAUGAACCAGGACAGCGACUCAGAGGAAAGGUCAAAAACUCCUGAUGUUGAAAAGAAGAGGGUGAAAUAUGCUGAUGUAGAGAAUAAAUUUUCUAGUCUUGUGAUUGAUGAUGAUGAUGAUGAUGAUGAUGACAGUGAUAUUGACUUGAUAUAGUAGACUUCACUUUUGGGAUGUUUGAUAAAUAAAUGCUGUCACUCAUGUCCAUAAAGCAUCCUAAAGCUGGUUAAUGUAAGUGGUGUGCCUUUGAAUAGGUAAAAAAAGAUAUGGAUCAAUGGUUAAUGGUACUAAAUGAAAUAAAGUUACUUACUGAACGGG